AUGACAACGCUCAACGGCGGGCGCAACGUCAAUGAUGCCGGCUCUCGGCUGGUUGAACUUCGAGAUGGACACGAAAUCAUAGCACUGGCAACCGAAGAUCCAGCGCAACUCAGUGCGCCCUCAGCGCCCAAAAGAUACGCAUUGCCAGCAGACUGGGAGCAGCACAGAGAGACAAUUCGCAGGCUGUAUCUUGAUGAGAAUAGGACUUUAAAUGACGUGAUGCAUAUCAUGGAACACGACUAUAACCACCGCGGCAGUAGAAAACAAUACAAGACCAAGCUUCGAAAAUGGGAGUUAGACAGAAAGUAUAAGAAACGCCAAAACGCACAAAAUAAAGAAACCAAGAGCAACAGACACCGCUCAAGAGCAGGCCAGCCUUCAACUGCUUCAUUGGUUAACUAUGAAUCCCAAACACAUGAGGCGGAUGCUACCAGCGAUAAUUGCAUCCAAGGUCCGGAUAUUGAAAUCGCCAAUGACGCUUUUCCAGAACUCGCUGAUGCUGGAAGCCUUGCCUCAGAUCUCUAUGAAGAUCCCAGUAGAAUAAAUGCUGCUAACCCAAUAUUCCAAUAUGCGGAUGCGAAUGUGGAGUAUCCUGAUUUUCAGCCUCUGAACGAUUCGAACACCGGGAUUGAAUUAUUUGGCAACCUUUCUCCAAGAGUCCCGGUAGCAAACCUCUCAAUUGAACACGUCAUUGAAGAUCCUUACCUGAAUCUUGAUGGAAACCAGCAAUCUAAAGAUCUUGAUGACGUCCGGGCCGGCAUUCAAUCUCCUCAAAAUAUGAAUGUGACGUCAACAGGGAACAGGGAACAUCAGCAACCUUCUUUUUCUCAUAGGCAGUCUCUAGCCAUGUCGCAGGCCGUCGGAAUUCGAUCUGGUCGAUCAGCCACUCCGCCGCUGUCGAUUGAUGAGAAAAUUCUCUCCUUAGCUCAACAGCACAUUGAGACAUCCUUUACCUACCGUAUUUGGAAGCUAGAUAGCAACGGUACCUGCACGAGUAUAAACUGUACUAGCGACGGCCUCGAGCUUCCAGAGACCUUUUUUGAUUUGAUACGUUCUGCUCAUUUGCUACUUGAGCAAGGGUCAACCAACGAAGGAAUCCAUGUUGUGUCGAAAGCCUUCGCUUUAGUCAAACCUAUCAUCAAGAGUGGGAAUGUUCGCGCUCUCAACUUCUUCUGGGCCUCUCUGGUGUUUCUCGUGCAGUUUGGUCAUGUCGAUAUUGUUAUCCGUCUUAUGAGACAUAUUUACGAGAUGGCUAAGAUUCUUCUUCUUCCUCAGCAUCCCGUUGUACAGAUCUUCAAGCUGUUAAAUGGCAUCGACGUGUCAAAACUCGAGGACUUUGUGCACAGAAGUUGGCAAGCAACCGCCGAUGAGUUCCAAAAGCAACUUCCUCCGCUUCACCCAGAGUAUAUUCGCCAUCAAUGCGAUCUGAUUUUCCGAAUAUACGGUACAAGAGACGCGGCUACCGGCGAGCAAAGGCUACUUCAACUGCUAAAGAGCUGCGAUGAGACACCGCAAACGAAGGAGCUCAGUCACCUGACGGUCCUCAACGCCAUUGGGUACAAUUUUAUGAAUUCCAAAAAGUGGGCGGAAGCGGUGAACAUCGGCGUCAAACUCGAAGACCGCGCCCAACGUGCAGAUGAUAUCGAUCUUCUUGUGUAUAAAAUCGGAGGCAUGGAGAUCCAGGCUCGAGCUUACAAUGAGCUAAAGCUGGUUGAGCCAGCGGUGAAAUGUUUAAAACAGGCUAUACCAUUGAUUGCCAAAGAAUGGGGGCAGGAUGAUCCCUGGAGGAUUGAGCUUAUGACUCUACAGCAGAAAUGGCUUCGCGAAAACAAUGAUGCUAUGGCUGCAGAUGAUAUAAAAGAAGAAAUCAGGACUAUUACUGAAAGUAUCGAUACUGACUAG